AUGGGCGACCCCUCCACGCCCUCCUUCGACUCCAUCUUCGCACAGGCACCCCGCCGCAACGACUCCACCAACUCCACCAACUCCUUCUCACACUACACCGCGGACGCCCCCUUCUUCCCCUCCCGCCAACAAGUCUCAGACGAGCCACAAGAUCUCCCCGAAAACUUCCACGAACCAUCCGCCUCCACCAGCAGAGAUCACAGCAGGGAGGACACAGAGUCCGGACACCCAGAGAUGAGGUCAGGCGGCUAUAACGUCAACGGCAAACGGCGCGAGUCUCUCAGAAAAGAGUCGCUGCCGUUCAAUCCAGAGACAGACUCGACUCUGAUUGCUACCGCGUCGAAGCGUGAUGAAGGGGCAGCUUUCUCCAACGGCUAUUCGUCCCCGCCCAUCGGCGACAUUAUGUUUGGUCCCCAGCAGUCACUUCACAACCCGCAUCAGCAGGCCGAGCAACAGCAGCCACAAUCGUGGGCAAUGGGGGGCGGUCUGUCCAGACAGUCACUGUCGUAUGGUGCUAUUCAACAACAACAUUUCAGCCCCUUCCAGUCACCACAGCCAACGCCCUCCACUGCUGGCAUCGAUUUCAUGCGGCCUCCGUCCACGGCGAGCUCUAUGGGAGACUCUGUGAUGUCCGACCAGCUGGGGGCGUAUCUCAAUCACAGGGCUUCCAUGGAAGAUAUACAUGGUACACAACGUCAACAAGUGCAAGGAGAGUGGGGACAAGACUUUUUGGGGGAUGAGCAGGGACUUUACGGACAGCAGCAGGUGGAUGAUGUCAAGCAGGGACAUGCGGAUGGACACAAUGAAGAGAACGGAGCUGGAUUACAGAGAAUCAUCUCAAACCACUCUCAUCACUCUUCCUAUCCUUCUAGAACAUCAUCACCGUACCCACAGCAACAGUUUGCGCCACCAGAAACAGCCCCCACACCUCUCAACAGCCAUUCGAGAACGGGAUCGCUUUCAGCGUCGCGGUCGCCCAGCCCUCUUGCGCCCUCGCAAACGCCCGACGUACCCAUGAACGUCAUGUCUCCGCCACUGGCAAACCAACACCCUUCCUACCCCAGAGCAUCCUCAUCUCCUCAUAGCAACCCCAAUUCUCCAUUCUUCAACAAACCCCAAUCGCCUCCUGCAUUGAUAAUUCCCAACGCCACAGCUUCUCCCGCGCUGCCGCCCCUUGUUACCGGGCCGCAAGUCACCGGUACUCAGACGUAUACUGGGCAUGGGCUGGGGCAUCCCCAAAUUCGGCAGGGUGUAAGCUCGGGUUCAGGUGGUUUGUUCCCUCCCGUCAACCCGGCGCUUGAGCACCUGGGUGGGAUGGCUGGUAUCAGCCCCAUCGCACCCAACGCAGAUGGCCCCAUGAUCCGCAUCCAGCCCAGUACUCCCAUCAGCGGGCUCAAAGAGGGCCGAGGGCUAUUUGAUGCUGCUCUUCGUAUCGCCAAAGCCAACCAACAGGCCCAAGCUCAAAAGGGCCAGUACUCGGGCGAUGGAAAAGACACACAGUCUCAAGACUUUCAUGCUUCGUCAUCCCAGACCCAAACUCUUUCAAAUUCGUCAUCAGCAGAGCAGGUCGCUGGGCGAGAAGGGGAGGGUGCGGGAAGCCAGAGAAUAGACUUUGCUGCAACUAUGGGCCAGUAUGGGCAGCAUGGAUGGCUAUCCGCCGCCGGGGGGCGCGACAAUCUGCGAGUGGCUGGGCAGACACGGCCGCGUGCCAAAUCUGAUUCCAUCGUACCUUCGCCUACGGCCGAUUCGUUCGAUCGACAAGCAUUUCUCUCCUUCAUCGGGGCGAAUGACGUCGCGGCGCCAGCACUGCAACAGAAUGUCGAGAUCCAGCAGGACCAGGGGAUGUCGAGCGAUGCGGCGGAACAGUGGAGAAAUUCGGUGACUGCGUGGAAAAUGGGUGUAGCAGGGAAUGAGGGCGGACAAUCGGGUGCAACACUCGACCCGCGGUUAUUGCCUGGUCAAGACGACACCGACGCCAUUUAUCAACAAUUGCUCAUCCAGCAACAGACUGGACAGCCACCACAACUGGACCAGAGCCAGCAGCAUCAGCUGCGAGAAUUGCAAGCUCAGCGCGAACGGCUUUAUCCUCUGAAUACGAAUCCUCCUCCCGUCAAGCCGAGCUCUGGCGAGAUUUCGCCCACGUCUUUGGUGUUCUACCAAUCGUUAGGUCUCUAUCCUCACAACGCGCCUCAUCUUUCAGGGACAGUAUCUGCGCCAUGGACGCAAACUACCUUUGGCAACGUGACGUCCGGGUAUACGCAUCCUGCCACGGCAGGACCAUCUCAGCAGUACUUUCUUGCGCCUGGUCUUCCCAAAGGCCGGCGAAGCUCGUUUGGGGGCGGAGAGCAUCCUGCCGUGGGCGCUGGCACUCCUGGUUACGGUGUCGAGUUUUCUCCACAGCUGAAUGCCAGGCCUGGACCGGUCCGAGGGUCAAGCAUGCACAAGCGGUGGGCGAAGAGCGAGGAUUUCGGAAGAGGCGGUACAGGUUGGGGUGUGGGCACUGGUGGUUCAACCGCCGAAUUUCUUCAAAGUAUAACAGGAGACGAUGGGUCACUCUUACCGCCCACCAGCCGAGGACGAUCCAUGUCUCAUUCCCGCCAUUCAUCCGCAUCAUCAGUCCGAUCGGCAUCGCCAGCUUUGUCCAUCUCCUCGCAGGGCUCAUCCUUCUCCCACCACUCUCCCCGCAUGGAAAUGAUGGAUGGCAUGCAGCUUCCUGGGUAUGCAGGAUAUCAACCGUCGCUUCAAGUACCACAGCUGUAUGAGGACAACCAUCCGAAAAAAAUGAAGGUGACGAGUGCGGCGACAAAGGUGGCUAGUGAGACAAGACGGACACAAGAUGGUCUUUUCAUGUGCCCAGUACCCGGCUGUGGAAGCACAUUCACGCGGCAUUUCAACCUCAAAGGUCAUUUGAGAUCGCAUAACGAUGAACGGCCGUAUAAGUGCUUGUACGAAGGCUGUCCCAAGGCUACCAUUGGGUUUGCUCGACAGCACGACUGCAAGCGGCACAUGCUUUUGCAUGAAGGGCUGCGGCUGUUUGAAUGUGACGCUUGUGGGAAGAAAUUUGCUCGACUCGAUGCGCUGACACGGCAUCAUAAAUCUGAACAAGGACAAGAGUGUGCCAUCUCCCACCCCCUGCCGUGUAAUCCCGAUGGAUCCGCGAUGAGCGAGUCACAGUACAAGUCGUACAAGGGGAUCCAGACGACACCGGAGGAGAACGAAAGGCGGCCAAGCGCAAGUGGGACUAGACGGCGCAGGAGUGGGACGGGUAGGAGCCAUGUGAGCGCCGAAGAGGAGACGCCAGCGACAGAGUAG